AUGGAGAUGCGCUCCCUAACCCGCAGUCUCCUCCGCGCGAGGCCGACAUCUCUCUACACCACCACAGCGCCCUCAUCGAUCCUCCGGGGUCAAUUCCUCGCCAACCAGCGCUUCGCCUCCUCCAACAACUCCUCUCGCGGCCCUCAAUCCAACAACAAACCCUCCUCUUCUCCCUCCCCCUCUGAGUCCCGCGCCUCCGACUUCGACCAAAUCCUCGACAAGCUCAACAUCAACAACGCGGCCCCCAAGUCCCAGGACCCCUACGCCUCCUCCGAAGGACAGCGCUUCGGCGGCGACGGCAGCAACGACGGCAACAUCUCCGUGACCCGCGCCCUCAACGCCGCCACGUCGCCCGUCGUGCCGCUGCGCAAGGUGUCGCUGAAGCUGGGCCCUUCGCUGGGUCGCCAGGUGUACGUGGAGCCGGAACGGGGUCUGGAUUUGGCGUCGUCGCUGCGGGUUCUGCAGAGCACGUGUGCCCAGAAUAAGGUUAAGCAGGACACGUAUUCGCAGAAGUUUCAUAUUCGAAGGGGUCAGGUCCGCAAGAACUUGAGGGUGCAGAGGUGGAGAAAGUUGUUCAAGUACUCGUUUCAGCGGACCGUUGCCCGCAUUGAUCGGAUGAGGGCGCAGGGGUGGUAG